AGGAGGAAUAUUCCUUCCCGCCUCGUCCCCAUGGCGGGGAUCCCCACAGGGCCCCGUGGGGAUUGGGGCAAAUUGCCAUCCCUAGCUAAGUGGAGACAAUUGCAUGUAGAACACGUGGAGAAGGAAGCGAACAGAAUUAUAGAACACCUGGAGAUGGCUAACGAUAGUCCAGCACGCAGGAGAAUGAAGUGGAGACUUGCAGAAGACAUGGAGAUUGCUCUAGAUAAUGUAGCACAGAGGAGAAAAGGAGUUGGAUAGAAUUGCAGAACAAAUGGAGGAAAAGGCUGAGGGAUGUUUUUAUGAACAUCUUAAUGUGGUGGGAGGAUUUUGAUGGAAAGGUUCCAACUCAUGCAAUUUUGAAGCCACGGCCUCAAAUUUUUUACUGUAUUUUUCAGUUAAAAUUCACCUUUUCCCCUCAUCCAAAUGAAAGCUAACCUGAAUCUUAGGCUUGGGACCUGAAAAAAAAAUUGGGUUUUUGGGGAAUUAACAGUUCAGAAUUCUCAUCUUUAGUUAAAUUUUUUAUUUGAGAAGCUUACUUAAAUUAGUAUGUAACAGAUGCACGCUUUGUGAUUCUGCUCAAUAAAUGCUUUAGAAGUUC